CGCGGGCCGGGGGCGCGGGCGGGCUCGGCCGCGGCGCCCGGGGCCGGUGACCGGCCGCCCGGCGCGGCGGUGUCUGGGCGGAGACCCCCGGCCGGGGGCCCCCGCAGCCCGGGCCGGGACGCCCCGUUUCCUGAGGCGCCGAGGCGCGUCGCCCCUCGAGCCCCCCGCCGGCGCCUCAUGCCCUGACCCCCUCCAAUGUCCCCGCCGCCCCCCUGUGUCCCCGCGCAGCCCACAACUUCGAUGCGGAGGAGGCAGCCGGGCAGGUUCCACAGGCCCUUUAAAAAGCCCACUUAAAAGUUGUCGCUCGCGCCGGGGCGGCGGACGCCGGCGGGGGGCGACCCCCGGGACACGUGCGCGCCCCCCGGCCCCGCCCGCCGCGCCCGCGACUCGGCCCCGGGCCCGGCCCCGGGCAUGGCGUGAGCCCCGCCGCGAACCUCGGGAGCCGCUGGGGCCGUCCUCCGGGAAGGGGCGCCCGGCCGUGCUUUAUGGGGCAGCAGCCUGGAAAGGUGCUCGGCGACCAGCGGAGGCCGAGCCUGCCCGCCCUGCACUUCAUCAAGGGGGCGGGGAAGAAGGAGCCGGCGCGCCACGGCGGACCCCACUGCAACGUCUUCGUGGAGCACGAAGCUCUCCAGAGGCCCGUGGCGUCUGACUUGGAGCCCCAGGGCCUGAGCGAGGCCGCCCGCUGGAACUCCAAGGAGAACCUCCUCGCUGGGCCCAGCGAAAAUGACCCCAACCUCUUUGUUGCCCUCUACGACUUCGUGGCCAGCGGGGACAACACUCUGAGCAUCACCAAAGGUGAGAAGCUCCGUGUCCUGGGCUACAACCACAAUGGGGAGUGGUGCGAAGCCCAGACCAAGAACGGGCAGGGCUGGGUGCCCAGCAACUACAUCACGCCCGUCAACAGCCUGGAGAAGCACUCCUGGUACCACGGGCCCGUGUCCCGCAACGCCGCCGAGUACCUGCUGAGCAGCGGCAUCAACGGCAGCUUCCUGGUGCGGGAGAGCGAGAGCAGCCCCGGGCAGAGGUCCAUCUCGCUGCGCUACGAGGGCCGCGUGUACCACUACCGCAUCAACACCGCCUCCGAUGGCAAGCUCUACGUGUCCUCGGAGAGUCGCUUCAACACCCUGGCCGAGCUGGUGCAUCACCACUCCACCGUGGCCGAUGGGCUCAUCACCACACUCCACUACCCGGCCCCCAAGCGCAACAAGCCCACCGUCUACGGCGUGUCCCCCAACUAUGACAAGUGGGAGAUGGAGCGCACGGACAUCACCAUGAAGCACAAGCUGGGCGGGGGCCAGUACGGAGAGGUGUACGAGGGCGUGUGGAAGAAGUACAGCCUCACGGUGGCCGUGAAGACCCUGAAGGAGGACACCAUGGAGGUGGAGGAGUUCUUGAAGGAGGCCGCGGUGAUGAAGGAGAUCAAGCACCCGAACCUGGUCCAGCUCCUCGGGGUCUGCACGCGGGAGCCCCCCUUCUACAUCAUCACCGAGUUUAUGACCUACGGGAACCUGCUGGACUACCUGCGUGAGUGUAACCGGCAGGAGGUGACGGCCGUGGUGCUGCUCUACAUGGCCACGCAGAUCUCCUCGGCCAUGGAGUACCUGGAGAAGAAGAACUUCAUCCACAGAGACCUCGCAGCCCGCAACUGCCUGGUCGGGGAGAACCACUUGGUGAAGGUGGCGGACUUCGGCCUGAGCAGGCUGAUGACGGGGGACACCUACACGGCGCACGCGGGCGCCAAGUUCCCCAUCAAGUGGACGGCGCCCGAGAGCCUGGCCUACAACAAGUUCUCCAUCAAGUCGGACGUCUGGGCCUUCGGAGUCCUGCUCUGGGAGAUCGCCACCUACGGCAUGUCGCCGUACCCCGGCAUCGACCUGUCCCAGGUGUACGAGCUGCUGGAGAAGGACUACCGCAUGGAGCGCCCGGAGGGCUGCCCGGAGAAGGUGUACGAGCUCAUGCGCGCCUGCUGGCAGUGGAGCCCUGCUGACCGGCCAUCCUUUGCGGAGAUCCACCAGGCCUUCGAGACGAUGUUCCAGGAGUCCAGCAUCUCCGAUGAAGUGGAGAAGGAGCUGGGGAAGAAGGGAACGCGAGGGGCCCCGGGGGCGCUGCUGCAGGCCCCAGAGCUGCCCACCAAGACGAGGACAUCCAGGCGCGCCGCGGAGCCCAGAGACCCGACGGACGGGCCCGAGACGGCCCACUGCCGGGGCCCCGGGGAGACAGACGCCCUGGACCCGGAGCCCGCCGUGUCCCCGCUGCUGCCGCGCAAGGAGCGAGGGCCCCCCGAGGGCGGCCUGAGCGAGGACGAGCGGCUGCUGCCCAGGGACAAGAAGCCCAACCUCUUCAGCGCCCUCAUCAAGAAGAAGAAGAAGACGGCGCCCACGCCGCCCAAGCGCAGCAGCUCCUUCCGAGAGGCGGACGGGCCGCCCGAGCGCAGGGCCGCGGCCGACGAGGACGCCCCGGGCCGCGAGCUCAGCAACGGGGCGCCGGCCCUCGCGCCCCCUGACGCCGCCGCCGCCGAGCCAGCCAAGGCCCCCAAGGCCGGCGGGGGCGCGGCCGUCCCCAACGGGGCCUUCCGGGAGCCCGGGGGCGCCGGCUUCCGCUCCCCGCACCUGUGGAAGAAGUCCAGCACGCUGACCGGCAGCCGCCUGGCGGCCGGCGAGGACGAGGCGGGCGGCAGCGCCAGCAAGCGCUUCCUGCGCUCCUGCUCCGCCUCCUGCGUGCCCCACGGGGCCCGGGACACCGAGUGGCGCUCGGCCACGCUGCCCCGGGACCUGCCGUCCACGGGCGGGCAGCUGGACACGGCCACCUUCUCCGGGCACCGCAGCGAGAAGCCGGCGCUGCCCCGCAAGCGCGCCAGCGAGCACCGCAGCGAGCACGCGCCCCGCGGCACAGUGACGCCCCCGCCGCGGCUGCUGAAGAAGACGGAGGAGGCGGCCGAUGAGGUCUUCCGGGACCCGGCGGAGGCCAGCCCCGGCUCCAGCCCCCCCGGCCUGACCCCCAAACUGCUGCGGAGGCAGGUGAUGGCCCCCGCCUCGGGCCCGCCCCACAAGGAAGAGAGCGGGAAGCCGGGCGCUGCGGGGACCCCGGCCGCUGCCGAGCCCGCGCCCCCCACUGGCAGAACCGGGCCGGGAGCGACCGGAGGCGCCGGCAGGGCCCCCGCCGAGGAGACCCGGGGGAGGCGGCACAAGCCCUGCUCCGAGCCCCCCGGCAAGGACAAGGGGAAACUGGCCAAGCUGAAGCCGGCGCCCCCACCGCCCCCUGCCGGCCCCCUGGGGAAAGGGGGGAAGCCCGCCCCCAGCCCCGACGCCGCGGGGGAGCCGGGCGCCGGCCGGAAAGGGGGCUCCUCGGCCCUGGCCCUGGCGGCGGACUCGGGCAGCUGCGAGGCCAAGCCCGGGCCCCUGGGGGAGGGCACCAGGAAGCCCGUGCCCCCCUCCGCGCCCAAGCCGCCGUCCUCCGCCCGGCCCGCGGGCGCCACGGGCAGCCCCGCGCCCGCCGCGCCGCCGUCGGCCACGUCCGCCCUGGCGGGGGACGCGCCGUCCUCCACCGCCUUCACCCCGCUCAUCUCGACCCGCGUGUCCCUGCGCAAGACGCGGCAGCCCCCGGAGCGCAUCGCCAGCGGCACCGUCACCAAGGGCGUGGUGCUGGACGGCACGGAGGCCCUGUGCCUGGCCAUCUCCAGGAACUCGGAGCAGAUGGCCAGCCACAGCGCCGUGCUGGAGGCGGGCAAGGACCUGUACACCUUCUGCGUGGGCUACGUGGACUCCAUCCAGCAGAUGCGCAACAAGUUCGCCUUCCGCGAGGCCAUCAACAAGCUGGAGAACCACCUCCGCGAGCUGCAGAUCUGCCCGGCCACGGCGGCCAGCGGCCCGGCCGCCACGCAGGACUUCAGCAAGCUGCUGGGCGCCGUGCGGGAGAUCAGCGACAUCGUGCAGAGGUAGCAGGGGCGGCGCCCGGCCCCGGGAGCACGCGCGGGGGGCCUUCUCCCAGGAAGCGAGGGCCCCGCCGCGUCCCCGGGCACGGACAGCUCCAGGGGCGCAGGGGUGACCGGCCACCCUCCGGUCACGGGCGCGGG